CCAUGUCUCGUCUCUGCCAUAACAAAGGCUGUGGGCAGCACUUUGACCCCAAUACCAACUUUGCUGAUUCUUGUUGCCAUCACCCUGGUGUCCCAAUCUUCCAUGAUGCACUAAAGGGUUGGACCUGCUGUCGGAAGCGAACUGUAGAUUUCUCUGAAUUCUUAAGCAUCAAGGGCUGUACUAUGGGACCACAUUGUUCUGAGAAGCUCCCUGAGGCCCCACACCCUGAAGGCCCUGCCACAAGCAGUUCAUUUCAGGAACAAAAACCUCUGAAAAGGAGUCCAAAGUCAGCAGAGACUUUGCGCCAGGAGAGACCCAAGUCCGAUUUGCCACUGAAGUUACUGCCUCUAAAUAUAUCCCAAGCCCUGGAAACAGCAUUGGAACAGAAGGAACUACACCAGAAACCUGGGACAGGACUUGACAAUAGUCUAUUCCAGACUGGUUCCAGCUGUCAGAACCCAGGAUGUGAUGCUGCUUACCAAGGCCCUGAGAGUGAUGCUACUCCAUGUACCUACCACCCAGGAGCACCUCGAUUCCAUGAGGGGAUGAAGUCUUGGAGCUGUUGUGGCAUCCAGACCCUGGAUUUUGGGGCAUUCCUGGCACAACCAGGAUGCAGAGUUGGUAGACAUGACUGGGGAAAGCCGCUGCCAGCAUCUUGCCGCCAUGAUUGGCAUCAGACAGAUUCCUUAGCAGUGGUAACUGUGUAUGGCCAGAUUCCAUUGCCUGCAUUCAACUGGGUGAAGGCCAGUCAAACUGAGCUUCAUAUCCACAUUGUCUUUGAUGGUAACCGUGUGUUCCAGGCACAGAUGAAGCUCUGGGGGGUCAUAAACGUGGAGCAGAGCUCUGUCUCCUUGAUGCCAUCUCGGGUUGAAAUCUCCCUGGUAAAGGCUGACCCAGGAUCCUGGGCCCAGCUGGAGCACCCCAAUGCUCUAGUUGAGAAGGCUAGCACUGAGAUUGGGUUAGAAAUGGAUAAGGAAGAAUCUGAGGAUUCAGAUGAUGACCUAAGCUGGACAGAGGAGGAAGAGGAGGAAGCAAUGGGGGAAUAGAGAUACCAGCCAGCCAAGUAUCUAGAUAGGAAUUCAGUAACUCCUUUAGGGCCUCAGAGACCAGGAUGUGAUUGGCCAUGUGUUAUCAUUAAGCAACAAGGGGCUGAAGGAGGAGAGAACAAAAGUACCCAAACGAUGCUGUUUUCCCCUUAAAUAAAUCUUGUAUUCUGCAGAUU